UCGCCAUUUUGUGAGUAAGUGAGUGAGGUCGGGCUCGGAGGACGGAGCCCGGUGUGUUCGGAUAGCUCGUAGGGCGUGCUCGGGUACGGUUUUCGGCGGAGAAAUGAUGUCAAGCGGGGAAGGUCCUUCUGAUCAAGCUGUCGAAUAUGUACCUGAAAAGGUGAAGAAAGCGGAAAAGAAGUUGGAAGACAACCCAUACGACCUUGACGCCUGGAGCAUUCUCAUUCGCGAGGCACAGAAUCAGCCUAUAGACAAAGCGCGGAAGACAUAUGAACGGCUUGUGGCCCAAUUCCCAAGUUCUGGCAGAUUCUGGAAACUUUACAUUGAAGCAGAGAUUAAAGCUAAAAAUUAUGACAAGGUAGAAAAGUUAUUUCAGAGAUGCCUGAUGAAAGUCUUACACAUAGAUCUGUGGAAAUGUUAUGUGUCUUACGUGCGGGAGACAAAAGGGAAGCUUCCAAGUUACAAGGAAAAAAUGGCCCAGGCGUACGACUUUGCUCUUGAUAAAAUUGGCAUGGAAAUCAUGUCCUACCAGAUAUGGGUGGAUUACAUCAAUUUUUUGAAAGGAGUGGAAGCCGUGGGAUCCUACGCAGAAAAUCAAAGGAUCACAGCUGUCCGCCGGGUUUACCAGCGAGGUUGUGUCAAUCCCAUGAUUAACAUCGAGCAGCUUUGGAGAGAUUACAACAAGUAUGAGGAGGGUAUUAAUAUUCACCUAGCAAAGAAAAUGAUAGAAGAUCGGAGCAGAGACUACAUGAAUGCCAGGAGGGUUGCAAAGGAGUAUGAAACUGUGAUGAAAGGAUUGGAUCGCAAUGCUCCCUCCGUGCCCCCACAGAAUACCCCGCAGGAGGCUCAGCAGGUGGAGAUGUGGAAGAAGUACAUUCAGUGGGAGAAAAGCAAUCCCCUCCGUACGGAAGACCAGACCCUUAUAACAAAAAGAGUCAUGUUUGCUUAUGAACAGUGUCUGCUGGUUCUGGGACAUCAUCCGGACAUCUGGUACGAAGCUGGCCAAUACCUGGAGCAGUCCAGCAAGUUGCUCGCUGAGAAAGGGGAUAUGAACAAUGCAAAACUAUUCAGUGAUGAAGCUGCCAAUAUUUAUGAACGUGCAAUCAGCACUCUGCUGAAAAAGAAUAUGCUGCUGUAUUUUGCCUAUGCCGACUAUGAAGAGAGUCGCAUGAAGUAUGAAAAGACGCACAGUAUAUAUAAUAGACUCCUCGCCAUAGAAGACAUUGACCCUACAUUGGUGUAUAUCCAGUACAUGAAAUUUGCUAGAAGGGCAGAAGGAAUCAAAGCUGGAAGAAUGAUUUUUAAAAAAGCCAGAGAAGAUGUCCGGACUCGUCACCAUGUAUACGUUACAGCAGCCUUAAUGGAGUAUUAUUGUAGUAAGGACACAUCAGUGGCCUUUAAGAUUUUUGAGUUAGGUCUGAAAAAGUAUGGAGACAUUCCAGAAUAUGUUCUUGCGUAUAUUGAUUAUUUAUCUCACCUCAAUGAGGACAACAACACUAGAGUAUUAUUUGAACGAGUUUUAACGUCAGGGAGCCUUCCCCCAGAGAAAUCCGGUGAAAUCUGGGCCAGAUUCUUAGCAUUUGAAAGUAACAUUGGUGAUUUAGCAAGUAUUCUGAAAGUGGAAAAGCGAAGAUACACUGCCUUCAAAGAAGAGUAUGAGGGGAAAGAGACUGCUCUGCUGGUGGAUCGGUACAAGUUCAUGGACCUCUACCCCUGCUCUGCAAGUGAACUUAAAGCUCUAGGAUACAAAGAUGUUUCCCGAGCUAAAUUAGCAGCAAUGAUGCCCGACCCUGUUGUAGCUCCUUCUUCAGCUCCAUCUCUUAAGGACGAAAUUGACAGAAGGCCUGAGUACCCCAAACCAGAUACCAGCCAGAUGAUCCCGUUCCAGCCUAGACAUCUUGCUCCUCCUGGACUUCAUCCAGUACCCGGAGGAGUGUUUCCAGUGCCUCCCGCUGCUGUACUAUUAAUGAAGCUGCUUCCACCACCAUUGUGCUAUCAGGGUCCCUUUGUGCAGGUUGAUGAACUUAUGGAGAUUUUCCGCUGCUGUAAGAUCCCAGACACUGUUGAAGAGGCUGUGAGAGUAAUAGCAGGAGGCCAGGCAGACAUCUUAAUGGAAGGCAAUGGCCCAAUUGAAGCAAACACCCUAAUAAAUAAAUCCAUGAAAAGACCCAACGAAGAUUCUGACGAUGAUGAAGAAAAGGGAGCCGUUGUGCCUCCGGUCCACGACAUCUACAGAUCGCGGCAGCAGAAGAGGAUUCGGUGAGCUGGUGUCAUCCAAUGUAUUUCUGCUUUAAAGACGACUUAUUUUGUUACGAGCAUCUUGAAAGCGAGAUUGCAUCGGCGGCUGUAUAAAGGAAAAAAAAAAACUUUGAAAAAAAAAAAGUGAAUGGCAUCUUCUUCUGGAAGGACAGAGUCGAGAAAUGUACAUACCCCUCGGUUUUCCUCCUGUGUUUUUAUGUACAAUGGGAAGACUCGCUGGCUCCAAAGGUUAAUUUUCGAAAGAACUGGAAAUCUGAUAUUUGUGAUCUUUUCUUUUAACUGUCUGCGGCACCAGUGUCCGAUUUUCCCCAAUACCCUUUGGCUCAUACGGUUUACUAGUGGCCCAAUAGCAGACACUGCAGGGUUUUGUUUUUUGUUUUAAAUUUGCAGUUGAGUGGAUUUCCAUUCUUGCACACCUGAGGGCGCUGCAGCCUUUUGCCUUUUUUUUUUUUUUUUUUUUUAAUGAACUCGCUGCUAUUUUAAAAGAACACUGUAAGAUGGAAAAGCAAUGUACCGCCAUCAUAAAACACUUCAUUCUGCAACUUAAUCUGUCCACUGCUAGUAUUGUCUGCGUUGCACUACAAAAGACUUCAGGGAAAACCCCUAGAACAGGAAGAAAAACAAAAACGCUUAAAGUGCAAAAUUUCUUUUUUUUUUUUAUUAACCUCCAUUUAUUGUUAACAGAACUGACUGUUUUGUACAUGAUCCUCCUUUUUUCACACAAUAAAUAUUUAAUACUACA